CAUCACGCUCGAUACUGGAUGUGUCAGAAAGGGAAUCGUUGGUUGAAGAUGACGUGGAAGAAACAGCUCGAUGCUUUGAACGAAACCUUGGCAAGGAAAAACGAAAGUGGAAAAGGUAGUAGACAACUUUCUCUGUGGUCUUGCGUGCCUCUAAAUGUUAAAAACAUUACGUUUGCUGAUCUUGAAUUAUGUUUAAUUGAUUUUCCUAGUUAGUUUUUUCAAUCAAAAGGGCUGAAAUGUGCAUUAAAAAGCAUCAUUCAAAAGGCUGUGAACUGUGUCUUUAAUCUAAUAUAAUAUCCAUAGUAAAACAGCUAAAGUCCUUUCAUUGAGAGUCAGCUCAGUAGCUACCAUAUACGAUCUGUAAUGAGGGUCCACGUUAAGCUGGCCAUCAUAUCUUCCAAAAGUUUUGGCACCAUUCCAAAAUUUUCCAUUUUCCAAAACUAUCAAGUGAAUAAAAAUUUUCAUUUUAUAUACACGAUGAUUAUGAUUAUUUUAUAUGCAUUUAUGAUUUACCAUCCAGAUCCUAAAGAUUCAGUAUAAAAGCCAUCUCUGUUUUGGACCACUACAAACAUUCAACAACCCCUCGUCAACAUUCCAUUUCUAUACCGAUUUUCUUUCAGAUUUGAAGACGAGUUAAGAUCAAUACUUGACGAAGACGAUUCGGUAGAUUUAAAUGUCAGUGUUAAUAGACAAGGCGUAAAAAGGAAAAUUCCUUCCUGGAGCUCCGGCUAUAGACCGGAAAAGGUAUUGUAUCCAUCUUUUAAACCUUGCGGGGCUGUCAACGUACGCACAAAAUACCUCGCAAAGUACAAGACUUUCUCGGACAUGCAAUGUCUAAAUUCUGAUGUGUGAUUCAUGUGUUCAAUUUUUAGGCAAAUGUUAAGAAAAGCAGCACCCCUGGCUUGGAAGAUCUACCAGAUUUAAACUCGACAUUCAGUUAUUUUGAAACAAGCAUUGUUUCGUUGCGAGAUGGUCUUGAAAUGCACAGGUAUAGAUUAACAAAUUGUUGAAGCAUUUUGUAGAAGGAAAUUUCUAGUGUGAAUUUUAUACAUCUAUUUAGACCUAGGACCUCUGGCAAGAGCUACAGAGGCCAGUUGUCGAGCUCAGUGGUGUAACUUUAUUUUUUUGACCACUUGCCCUCAGGGCAAAUUGGACAUGCGAUUAACUGUUUUUUGUCAAUCUUUUACUGUUUAGACAUCUUGAGAAGUUAACAGAGAGAAAGCUCAAGGAAGCGCUAGACGAGAACUUUGAAUAAAGUGUUUCUCCAGGCACUGGCGAGAUUUGCUUUCGAGCUGUUGGUUGAUAUAUGUUAUUGAUCGAUAAUUUGGAUUCCUGAGUCCACCGAUUUUUGAAUGCAAAAUGUAUAUGUUUCACUACAAACUUUAUCCAGUCAGCGACGCGUGUUUUUUGCACAUUGUAUACAUAUAUUACUCGCCUCGCGUGUUUCUACAUUGACCGCAUAUUUUUACUGUAUAGAGCUUAUGUUUUAUUAAAUAACCACAACAGAUGUUUGUGGGGGGCGUGGCAUAGGUGGCACCUUUUGAAACAGGUUGGUUUUUAUACCAUAAGUAUUAAUAUUUUUCUAAGCGAGGAAUUUGCAUUUAAUGAAGCACAAAUCUUGCUUUGAGAAACAAAAGUUAAAGAACCGUUAUAAGCGAUGUCAGACGGCGAUAUUUCUUUAAUUUUUUUGUUUUUCAAAGCAAAACUGCCCGUGCUGAAUUCAACCCUUUGGGGUUCGCAUGCUCCUUCGCACAGGCGUUCCUUUUCUAAAUGGUAUAUUUUGAGUAGUACUAGUUAUAUAAUAAAUUUACCAUUGAUGUAUAUGAUAUUUGGAAAGUGUAAUACUACAUAGCACAUUUAUAUUGAAAGGGAAAUUAAAACCGCAAAUAUUUUGCAUUAUAAAAUCGAUCAACUGUAUCAAUAUUACAAUAUUGACCUAACAUUUGUAACA